UUUUUAAAAAUCCUUUUGUUAACUAACCAAACCAACCACUCAUCCUAACGGAUAAAACCAUGGCCAUGGCCACCACCACUACCCGUUCCUCCGCCGCCGCCGCCGCCACUCCACUCCUCUCUCCGACCAUCCCUUCCCUCCACACAAUUACCAGAAUACCCUUCAUCUCCGCCACCCCAAAAAGCAACAGGCCAAUCACCAAGCUCCACGUGUCAUCCAACCCAGUCGCUUCAUCCUCCACCAGUACAUCCAAACCCAAUCAAGAAUCCAUCUUUUUCGACGGCGGAGCUCACUAUGGAGACCUCGCAGCUAAUCUCCUUCUGGGUUUCACUCUUCUUUGGCUCCCAUUAACCCUAGCUUCAGUAUUUAGGGCUUUUUACUUGAGGUACAGGUUUACCAAUUUGAGGGUUACUGUCAUUUCCGGGUUAACGGGUCAAGACCGGAGCGAUUUCUCAUAUAAAGUAAUCAAAGAUGUUCAGGUUGUUCCAAGAUUUAUUGGUGAAUGGGGUGAUGUGAUUAUUACAUUGAAAGAUGGUACUGUUGUGGAUUUGAGAAGUGUUCCAAAAUUUAGGGAAAUUGCUAAGUAUUGUCUUUCAAUGGUGGAUAAAGAGUCGUCUGGAGUUUCGAAGGAGGCUAAUACUACUGAUGGGCCUAAAGGCUUUUGAGAAACAUAUAUGGUUAGUGUUUUAUACUUUUGUUUUGAUUUUCAUAUACUGUUGUCUCGAUAAUUAAUUUUAGUAGCUCAGUUGGUUGGCUACCUGACUCCUGAACCUGAACUUUCUUGUUGUUGGUGAGAGUUUGAUUUCGUGAACGAAACAUUGUUCUGGUUUUUGUAAAGGGUUAUGUAAAGUUUUCAUUUUGGUAAUUUAAUGUAUUCAAUUGUGACAAUGGUUUUAGUAUAUAUGUUUAAUUGAUUUGUGUAUUGACUAUUGA